AUGAGUGACAAACUUACUCGUGCAAGCCGAAGUGGCAAGCUCUGCAUUGAAGUGACCCCCGAUUCGAAGAUUGCCUUCCUCUCCGAGAGCCUUUGUAUUGGUUGCGGUAUCUGCCCGAAGAAGUGCCCCUUUGGCGCAAUCACCAUCAUCAACCUCCCGACCAACCUCGAGACCCAAGUUACACACCGAUACUCCGCCAACAGCUUCAAGCUCCACAGACUGCCCAUGCCGCGGCCUGGAAAUGUCCUGGGUCUUGUCGGAACCAACGGUAUUGGCAAGAGUACUGCGCUCAAAAUUCUGAGUGGAAAACUCAAGCCCAAUCUGGGCAGGUUCGAGAACCCCCCCGACUGGGAGGAUGUGAUCAAGCACUUCAGGGGCUCUGAGCUGCAGAACUAUUUCACCAAGCUCCUUGAGGAUGACCUGAAGGCUGUUGUCAAGCCUCAGUAUGUGGACCAGAUCCCCAAGGCCAUCCGUGGACCCCAGAAGAGCGUCAAGUUUCUUCUUGAGAGCCGUGCUGCCCUCGACAAUCUUGACGAAGUCCUGAGCACUCUGGAGCUGAAGCACUUGUACGACCGUGACGUCACUCUCCUGUCCGGUGGAGAGCUGCAGCGUUUCGCUAUUGGCACUGUCUGCGUCCAGAAUGCCGAUGUCUACAUGUUUGAUGAGCCUUCUUCUUACCUGGAUGUCAAGCAACGUCUGAGCGCUGCUCGUAUCAUUCGCUCCCUGCUUCGACCGGAUGACUACGUUAUCGUCGUCGAGCACGAUUUGUCCGUGCUUGAUUAUCUUUCCGAUUAUGUCUGCGUCCUUUACGGACAGCCGGCCGUCUAUGGUGUUGUCACUCUACCUCACUCUGUGCGUGAAGGUAUCAACAUCUUCCUUGAUGGUCACAUCCCUACGGAGAACUUGCGAUUCCGUGAGGAGUCGCUGACCUUCAGGAUCUCGGAGGGUACUGACGACUUCAUCGCCGAUCGCUCUCGCGCAUUCCGAUACCCCUCGAUGGAAAAGGCUCUGGGCAACUUCCACCUCAGCAUUGAUGCUGGUGAUUUUACCGACUCGGAGAUCAUCGUCAUGAUGGGCGAGAACGGUACCGGCAAGACCACUUUCUGCCGUCUGCUUGCGGGUGCUCUGAAGCCCGAUGGAGCCAAGAAGGUGCCCGAGAUGAAGAUCAGCAUGAAGCCGCAAACUAUCACUCCCAAGUUCGAGGGCACUGUCCGCCAGCUGUUCUUCAAGAAGAUCCGACCUGCCUUCCUGUCGCCCCAGUUCCAGACCGACGUUGUCAAGCCCCUGAAGCUCGAUGACUUCAUCGACCAGGAGGUCAAGAACUUGUCCGGUGGUGAAUUGCAGCGUGUUGCUAUUGUCCUGGCACUCGGUCUCCCUGCUGACAUCUACCUGAUCGAUGAGCCUUCUGCCUACCUGGAUUCCGAGCAGCGUAUCAUUGCUGCCCGUGUCAUCAAGCGCUUCAUCAUGCACGCCAAGAAGACCGCCUUCAUCGUUGAGCACGACUUUAUCAUGGCGACGUACCUUGCUGACCGUGUCAUUGUCUUUGACGGCCAGCCCGGUAUCAAGUCCCACGCCAAUACCCCCGAGUCGCUGCUGACCGGCUGCAACACCUUCCUCAAGAACCUGGACGUCACCUUCCGUCGUGACCCUGUCAACUACCGCCCGCGUAUCAACAAGCUGAACUCGCAGCUCGACCAAGAGCAGAAGCUCAGUGGCAACUACUUCUUCUUGGAGGAAGACAAAUCAACAUCAUCUUGA